CUGAGUUGGAAAUAGAGCUAGUGCGUGUUUGCAUGGGCAGCCACAGCUAAAAGCGGAGGAAGAGGAGGAAGCCACAGGCAGAUGAAAGAGGGUGAGAUCAAGUGAGAGACAAAAGGUACGAGAUGGAGCUAGCUGAGGGAGCCAGGCAAGAAAAAAAGAGCAGAUGAAUAAAAGGAAAUCUCUUUCUGAUCCGACACACAUCCCCAUUUGAACUAUCCUGAGCUGAGACAUACAAAACUGUGCGACACCAUUGCGGUGAUUUCCAUCACAACAUCCUUCGCUGCUGAGCCCAGAGAACAGAAGAGUGGGUUGUGUUGGAGCAAGAGCCUGUUGCCUGGAUACUCCUGCUGUUGCUGCGGCGGCAAAAAGCCAGGACUGAACCGUGUGCAUUUGCUGGCUGGUGCUGCUGCCAUUGGAAAAGCACAACUGUUUGUCUGGAUAGCUCGUGCGCUCACUGUCUUGCUUCUUGACUCGCUCACAGUGCACAUUCGAAUAAAUACCCCGCUGAUCUGGGAGCUUCGAACGCGAAGAGAGGUGGAAGCAAACGAUGCCUGGCAACGUGCUAAAAGCUGCUCGGUAGGAACGGGAUUGGGAAAGACUGGCUACAAAGUGAAAGCGGAAUCUAAGGGAGAACAGACCCUUACACAGAAGAGCUAAGGUGGGGGUGAAGUAACGAGUGGGGCUGGCAGGGAGUAGGGAGAUGGCAGCUAGCAGGCUGUGCAAAGCCAAGCAGAUCAAGUAUUCUGGUCCACGGCCCACAGCCUCCAGCUUCAUCCCGAGUUGGUAAUGUGUGCUGGCUUCCAUAAUGGAAAUCCACCGUGAACAGAGUAUCUGCCAGGCGCGUGCUGCUGUCAUGGUGUAUGAUGAUGCUAAUAAGAAGUGGGUUCCAGCCGGUGGUUCCACUGGCUUCAGCAGAGUGCACAUCUACCACCACACGGGGAACAAUGCGUUCCGUGUAGUGGGACGCAAGAUCCAAGAUCAUCAGGUGGUGAUAAAUUGUGCCAUUCCAAAGGGUCUGAAAUACAACCAGGCAACGCAGACUUUCCACCAGUGGCGUGAUGCCAGACAAGUAUAUGGGCUAAACUUUGGCAGCAAAGAGGAUGCCAAUGUAUUUGCCAGUGCCAUGAUGCAUGCCCUAGAAGUGCUUAACUCCCAGGACACAGGCCCCACAUUGCUCAGACAGGGUCCCCAGGUUCAGAAUGGCCCCACACAAGAGGACAUGGUUCUACAGAGAAGGGAGCUUCAGGAGCUCCAGAGGCAGAAAGAGAUGGAGCGAGAACAUCAGGAGCAGGAGCGUCAGCAGCGAGAGUGUCAAGAGCGGGAGCGACUGGAGCGAGAGCAGCUAGAACGAGAGAAGCUGGAGCAGGAGCGAGAGCGGGAACGUCAGGAGAGGGAGCGCCAGGAGAUGGAGAUGCAGAUGGAGAAGGAGCGAGUGGAGCAGGAGCAAGCCGAGCAUGAGCUGAUGGAAAGAGAGAAGGCGGAGAGGGAGCAGCAGGAGCAGUUGGACAGAGAGCAGCAGGAGUGGGAGAGAGGGAGACGCAUUUCUAAUGCUGCUUUUGAAAGCACUCUGUACACCCCCAGGCCUCAGGAGUACGGCAGAACUCCCUCCACACCCGUAUCUCCAUCCGCGCCCGCCACCCCAGCUCCUGGGACGCGGUCGCCCUCCUCUGCCACGCCCCCCACCCCCCCGCUCAGGCACUCCGCCUCCCGUUUUGCCACUUCCCUUGGUUCUGCCUUCCACCCAGUACUGCCUCAUUACGCCACCGUUCCGAGGAGGCAGGGCUUUUCACAAGCCCCGCCGCCCGCCCCCGCCCCCCCUCCUCCAGCCAAGUCCGUGGUGUGGUCAGCUUGCAACUUUACCCCCCUUCCGCCAUCACCCCCUGUCAUGACAAGCAGUCCGCCUAGGAAGGCCACAGGUCCGUGGCCACUCAUCCCCAUUGCAGCACCUUCCCCUGUCACUCAGAAGCCUUCCUCACCAUCCCCAAACGGGCCCCCCAUGUUCCCUGCACCCUCCCCUCUCACCAUCCCACAAAAUCAUAGCCUGGGCAUCACUUGCCCAACGCCACCACCACCACCUACCCCACCCCCUCUACCGUCCCCCAUAGCCUCCACUCAACAUUCCUCCACCUCGUCUCCCCCUUCCUCAUCCCAAGGUCCUGUUGUGCCCUCUCCUUCAACAGCGUCCCUUGCUACUGCAGACACUGCUGCUGCUUCUCAUGAGCACCUCAGGCUCCCCGUGGGCCUGGGCCUGUCAGGGCCAGGGGAGCCGGACACAGCCACUGGCCCAGUGCCCCACCUGCCUCAAGGGGGCGGCUCCUCCUGUCAGCCCCAGGAUGUGAUGCAGACCCCAGGGUUAUCCACCUCCACGCCUCCCCUACCUCCACCCCUGCCACCCGGCUCUACUGUGACUUUAGUGCCCACUACGGCCGCUCCCCCAGCUGGUCAUCCUCCUCCACCCCCACCUCCUCCACUCCCCCCUGUGCUGACUCCAGGUGGAACCCCCCCUCCUCCACCAGGUCCUCCUCCUCCACCUGGAGCCCCGCCCCCUCCUCCGGCUCCCCCUCUCCCUCCUGGACUUUUCUCUCCUGCAGAGGACCGUCCUCUCUCAGGCCUGGCUGCCGCCCUUGCUGGAGCCAAACUGCGCAAAGUGCCAAGAAGUGAUGAUACAGGGGCAGCUCUAGCAGCAGCCCUUUCGGGAGCUGUAGCAGCUGCAGGAGCCAAAACUGACACCAGAGGCAAUGCCCCUCUGCCUGGAGGAGGAGGGCUCAUGGAAGAAAUGAGUGCGCUGUUGGCAAGGAGAAGAAGAAUUGCAGAAAAGGGCUCAUCACCUGAACCUGACCAGAGAUCAGAAGAUGGUGAGAUAAACACAACUCCUAAAAUGUCAGGCUGUAGCACACCAGACAUGCCCCGGAAGCCAUGGGAAAGAACAAAUACCAUGAACGGUAGCAAAUCUCCAGUUAUUGGAAGACGAGAGACUCCGUGGAGAAUUCCAAUGGGAGCAGAUUCUUCCAACAGACCUAAAUCAACACCUACACCUACUGCGUCCUUAAGUGCCAAUGGUGUGCCAACAGAAAGUGUUGACUACGACAGAUUGAGACAGGACAUUAUGGAUGAGAUGAGGAAGGAGUUGUCCAAGCUGAAAGAAGAGCUCAUUGAUGCAAUCCGAGCAGAGCUGGGAAAGUCUAGCACGGCAUAAAGGAUCCAGACUGCCUGCUCAGAACUCAAUUGACGUGACCCAACAUUGUGUUACUCUAAGUCAUCAAAACUACAACAACAGGAUGGAAAUUAUGAUGUUAACCAUAUUACUACAAGGAAAAGACAUUUGUUUGUUGACGUAACGAGAGCAGACAGGAUGGUGGUGGUUGGAGCUUCACAGUAGCAAUGGCUGAUGGAAUCGAUCUGCACGGUCUCAUGUGCCCACCCGCCCAUUCCCAGCUGAGGGCAUUGCAUCCUGCAGAACAGUGCACAGCUUGAAAGAGAAACAAAAGUCUUUAUGCAAAGAUGACUUCUCUCUUUCACGUAUAGUAACAUAAUUUAACACUCACAACACUAUUAAACAUUGGUGUGUAAAUAGUGAACAGCAGCAGUGAUACGGUGAUCUUGUGAUUUACUAUCAAAAGGGUGUGUUUUAUUCAGGGAGCGUGACGACAGAAACUUUGUGUGUGUGCGCGUGAGUGUGCGUGCACUGCUUGCUUCUUCAGCAGUGUCUGAUGAAGUGCACAACUGCAGGACACUGUAAAGCUUGUCUUCCUGAAAAAAAAUAUUUUAACCAGAAUAUGUACAAAUGAGGAGAAAAAACACAUGUAUCUAUCAAACCAUGUCUGUUUCAUUGUAGCUCUAUGGCCAUAUCACGUAGCUCAAUAAUCCAAUCACAGGAUGCAUUCAUAUUCAGUUUCAUUUCUUGCCAGAGGUUGGAACCUGUGGAGAAGUUUCACUGUCCUUUCUUUGUUCGCCCUGUUGUGGGGCACUUGGAGGAGACACACAGGGUACCUGCCUGUCAGGCAGCAGCCAUUUGUAGCUCUCUACCAAACUUUAAUCUAUAAACAAAAAGUGCUGAUUAAAAAAUACCUGUAAUGUUAGUUUUUACCAGAUGUUUAAAUACUUUGUUCCUUGAAUGGUUCCAUUUGGGGACUUUGUCUCUCUGUCUCUGUCUCUCUCUCUCUCUCUCUCUCUCUCUCUCUCUCUCUCUCUCUCUCACUCUCACUCUUGCUCUGUCCUUCUCUUUCUUUUUCUCCUUUCUUUCAGGUAUUUGUCUGAUUGAUGCAUAUAUGGUUGUUUUCUUUCACAGGUCUGCCACAAAACAGCAUUAAUUGUCACAAGGUUUCUUACAAGCAAUAAGUGUAGCAUUUAUUCUAUAGCUCACCUGCCUAGAUUCCACCAAACAUAUUGCCACGUUUUUUUUUUGUUUAGUUUCGACCCUUCUGGUUUGCUGUCACACAUUAUUUGGCUUCUUAAAAACCACACUGAAUUUCUUUGAGAGAGGAGGUGACUUUGCAUUUAUUCCCUAUAAAGUCAAUGGAUACUGUAACUUCAGUAACAUUGGAGCAGAUCAGAUCUUCUGGUUGUUUUACUUUUAUUACUUUUGAAAAAUGGACGAGAUGGGAUGGUGUCAAAUGAGAACAAGAAUGUGCCAUUUACUCUUUGACCAGUGCUUGCUGAUAAUACCUUUUUAUCACCUUUUCCUUAUUAGUUUAAUCUUUUAAUUCUUUCCUGCUGCCGUAACAUUGUUAAAAUGAAGGACUGUAAUUUUCCUUGAGAAAGUUUAAGACAAUUUUAUUCUUUAAACAAAUUAGUUUGAACUCUGCUAUCAGUACAUUGUUGAGUAUGAGCAGAAUCAAUCUGACAGGAAUGUUUUGGGAGCUGAGACUUUAAAUCUCAAAAACUGUACAUGCAGAGUACUGUACAAGUGUGUUAAGGUAACGGAUAAAGGUCCAUGUUACAAUUCUGUACUUUGUACCUAAAACUGGACUGGACACUAUAACUAAUACAAACCAACACUACAACUGUCACUGUACAUCAGACUGUUUAGGACAAUCUUUUGACCUUCCAGGUGAGAGGAAGGUGAAUAAGAUGAAACACAAAUACAAAGACCCACAGCAAUACAGCAUCAGUUCUGUGGAACCCAAGUAAAAACCUACAAGGCAAUACCUUUGUGUCACCAUGCUGUCAUCUUUGUAAGGGCUGUGCCACACCAAGCUGUCAUCAGAAAGUGUUUUACAUGGCAUGGUACCAGUUGAACUCAGCUCUACUCUGCUCCCCUCUGGCUGCAGGUACUUUGUCUUCCACUGCAUUGUAGCUGGUCGGCAUAGUGAUGCUGGAAUGAAACUGCUGUGAACUCCCGUGAAACUGCUGCAAAUAAUAUUGUUGGGUAUUGAAGGAAUACUGCGUUUGUGUGUUUUCUAUAUAUGUUUGCCACAGCAAAAAGACAGAAGAGAGUAUGGGAAAUCCUGUGUCGGAAUGACUGUGGGUGUAGUACUAAUGCUUCUCUCUGACCAAUCGGUUGUUUGCAGUGUUUUCGUGUCACAUUUUGGUAUCAUCCAAGGAUUUUUGAUCCCCUUUGGUGAUGAUACCAAAAAGUACCAGGUGCUAUCCACAAAAUUGCCUGAUGGAAACAAGUUAAGUAGACUUGAGUUGAAGACAUACAAUAUGAAUUGUACAGAAGCACCACUUGACAGUAUUUGAACAUAUACUUCAUUAAUAGCUGGGCUGAAUACAGUGCAAAGACUAUACUAAUAAUAAUAGAGUUGUACUGAAGGCUCAACUUUAACAGCUGACCAUUGCCUUGAUGUGCCAUUGCACAAUGUUAUUUAUAAAUUAAAAGACAAGUCCAGUGAAUUUAAUAUCACACUUGCAUAAAGUUGGAAAAACCUGCAGUAGAAUAUUAUAUACACAGAAUACAUGUUAUCUUAAGUGGCCCUUUAAAUUUUUAUUAAGGCAAUUAGUUAAACAAAUUAAAAUGUCUGUAAACUUUUAGUUUAAUUAGAUCCUGUUGGGUGUUCUAGAACAAGCUCUGUUUUUCUUUCUUUGGCUGGGGUCAAAUCUGUUUAAAUGGCUUAAUUAAAGUGCUUAAAGACCCUUUUUUAAAAACAGAUGCCAUAACCAUUAAGUUUGGAGGAUGUUGUUGCCAUCUGUCUCAGAUUUUAGAUUCCUAAUCUCACUAUUUCAUUCACCCUUUUAAAGCCUGGAGUCUCGUGUUUACACAGAAAUAAUUGCACUUUAACACAAAAAAACCUCUCACAGAGCAAAUCAACAUACCUUCACUUGCUAAAAACCUCUCACCAAAGGAUUCAACCUGGCAGUUUUGUGCUAAACAUAAUCUUAUAUUUUUGUAUAAUUUUGUCAAUAUCUAAAAACAGAAGGAUGCCUGUUUCUGUAUGCUCUCCUGAAUGAGACGAGGUGUAAUGGUCUAAUCAAGAAAGGUUUUUUGUAAAGCUAUGUGGUUUGUGCCUUGUUCUGAAGUUGCAUUUAACAUUUCAAAGAUCUAAAGAUGAGUAGUCAUAUUAUCUAGGGGCCUCUAAAUCUUUUACAUUACAGUCAUGUUGAUUUGAUGGAAGAGGUUCCGGACCUUAGUACUGUUUCUCAAGUGGAAGAUGUCUUGUUGUUUUCUCAGCAAAUGGGGUUUCUUUCCAUAUGUAUAGCUAAGAGGUCACUUUUCUUAUAUCUUAGCAGUGCAAUCAAAAGUAUGAGGCCAGCAAGAAUUAAAAUGAUUUUUGAGAUGAAAUUUCAGCCCUAUUACGAAGUUCAGACAUCGGUCUGUUCUGUCUCGCCUCACGUCAUUUUAAAUGUGACAUUUUAAAGGAAACUGCAGCAAUGCUUUCUUCACGUGGGAUAGUCUUUAAAACCUUUCGGGCUCUGGAGUACCAACCUUGGCACUGGUCGUUCAGGUGUGAAUGGCUCGACACAAUUGACUACACAUUAGAAUUGAAUAGGAUACAACUACACCCCAAAUGGUGGGGCCCAAAAGGCUAAGAUGUAACAUCUUCUGCUUUGAUGUCUGCCCUGUGUUGCGGACAUUUAUCUGUGUUCUUAGUGUCCAAAUCUCUGCUGAGGAAACAGAAAGAAUUGUGAACAUGUGAAAUUAUAGAGAGAAUUGCAGAGGUGAAUUCAACUGAAGCAUAUUUCUCAGUGGGUUUCUGGACAAAGUGUUGUCUCGUUUGUACCAUACUGUUCUCAUAAUUAUUAGGUUUCCUUACAUGCUAACAUAUUGUUUUAUUUGAGCACAUUAAAUAAACAUGCAAUGUACGAAAAGCUGUUUCUGAUGUAAACAAUGAUUUUGAACCUGUUUAUUUCAGUUGCCUUAAAGAUAUUAUUCAAAUAUUUACAAUGCUGGAUAACUGAAGAUACUUGUUACAGGUUUUAGAUGUUUUUGGUUUGUUAGCAGUUUAACCAGAAUAUAAAUAUUAUUUAAAUACCAUGUACAAUGUACAUGUAUUCCAUAUUUUGUGAAAUGCUUAGGAAAAAGUAUUUUUAAUCUCUUUACAGCCCCUUAGAUUUACUUUACACUGAUGCUUGUAUAAAUUACCAUAGAUUUUAUCAGAUUUUUACACAAAACAUUAAACUUGAUGAAGAGAACUUAAGCAAAAAGAUACAAUUAGAGACUUUCUGCUUUAUGAACUAGUUUUGAAGCUUCUUAUUUAAUAUAUUUUGUAAUGCUUGUAUGAAAUUAACAGGAUUUUGAUUGUAGGACUUUUACUUGUAAUAAAGUGCUUCCACUUUGUU